AAGCACCCUGCCUCGCACUGCCGCACUGCCGCACCACAAAUCACCAACCUUCAAACAUUCAUCACCUAUUACCGAUUGAACGCCAGCUCAGCUUCCAAGGACAUCCGCUCACUUCGAAACGCCUUAGCUUGUAGCCGGUACCUUUUGACAAUACCAACCCGAACAACCUCCAAAGAUCGAUUCCACCAUUCCCCGCGCAACCUAGCACCGUUCCGUCGAACCUCGUAAGCCGACAAGAUGGCCGGCGGCGAGGACAACUUCUCCAAUAUAUCCUGGCACAGCGAGCAGAAUGCCGAUCGAGCAGGGACGAGCACAUCCGCUUCACACAACCCCGUCAGCAGUCCCGGAUUCUCCAGCCAUCAAUCAGAUGAUGCCAUUAGGACAGACGAUGAAAGGGACGUUGACUACGGCCACUCCGCCGGCGAGAUCCUCGAGUGCACAGUCGCGGAGCCACACAAGGAGAACGACGGAACCAAGGACACUUAUGUCUCUUAUUUGAUUACCACAAAUACCACCUUCUCAACCUUCCAGCGACCAACCACGACCGUCCGCCGCCGAUUCACCGACUUCGUCUUUCUCUACAAGUCCCUUACUCACGGCUACCCGGCAUGCGCGGUCCCCCCAUUACCAGACAAGGAGCGCAUGGAAUAUGUCCGGGGCGACCGGUUUGGUCCCGAUUUCACUGCGCGGCGGGCCUACUCCCUCCAACGCUUCCUGUUCCGACUCACUCUCCACCCCGUCCUCCGCCGCGCGAGCAUAUUGCAUACCUUCCUCGAGACUCCCGACUGGAAUGCGACUAUGCAUAGCCGAGCAGGGCGUCUUGGUACCGCUGGAGUAGGGGGUGACGCCCUCGGGCAGAGCCAGUCCGCGAGCAGCAACGGUAGCGGCGUUUUUGACUCGUUCGCCGACAGCUUCAUGAACGCCUUUGCAAAAGUGCACAAAGUCGACCCUCGCUUCACCAAGAUCAAGGAAAGGUCAGACAAGCUCGACGAGGACCUCAACAAUGUCGAAAAGGUUGUCGCCCGUGUCGCCCGGCGAGAGUCGGACCUCGAAACCGACUUGAAGGAUCUCGCCGAGCAAUUCCAGAAGCUCAUCACCCUCGAACCGGGCGUGGAAUCCUCCGUGCACGCUUUUGCCGCCUCGGUCGAGGACACAUCGGCCGGCCUCAAGAAACUCAAAGACCACACCGACCAAGACUAUCUCACCUCCCUCCGCGACAUGGUCGCCUACAGCGGGGCCAUCAAGCACCUCCUCAAAUCCCGCGAGCAGAAGCAGCUCGACUACGAGCAGCUCACCGAGUACCUCAACCGCUCGACCGCCGACCGCGACACGCUCGCCUCCGGGCACGGGUACUCGGCGGGCCCGCUCUCGGGCGCGCUCGGCGGCGCGGGCGGCUUCAUCCGGUCCAAGAUCGAGGACGUGCGCGGGGUGGACCACGAGCAGGCGCGGCGCGACCGCCAGCGCAAGCUGGAGCUGCGCAUCGACGAGCUGACGGGCGAGGUCGAGCACGCCCGCACCGACGCCGACCUGUUCGCCGACCAGACCCUGCGCGAGGCCGACAACUUCGAGUGGAUCAAGAAGGUCGAGUUCAAGCGCCAGUUCGCGGGGCUCGUCGACGCCCACGUCGACUUCUACGGCGGCGUCAUCGACGUCUGGGAGGAGUACGUCCGCGAGAUGGAGAGGGAGGGCGUCGUGCUCCCGGCUUAGUGGGGCCGCCGAGCGGCGGUGGGCGAGGCCUGGGCGGUCGUGUCCAUGGAUGGGGCCGAUGAUGAUGGGGCCUAUUAUGAUGAUGGGCGUCUGGAGUUGGAGGGGGCUGAUAUCGCGACCGGAUCUGGCUCGUUGCCGGAGGGGUUCGAGGAUACGGCUGGGGUCUGGGGAAAGGCGCGAUAGCGGGUGGGCGGCUUGGUCAACCAGUUGGAGGGAUAGCGAAGGAAGUAUCGCUAUUGCUUGGGAGCGGAAACAGCCCUUGUAUCGAUACUCAAGCUCUGGGGUCGUGGCGUUCAAGAUUGGCUUUUUGCAACAUUGGUUAGGGCGGGUUGCGUGCGUUUCUCGGU